UCUGAAUUCGUGACUGUAUAACUGGUGUACUUGAUUAAAUGUGCAAGUGAUUACUUGAACUGUAUUGUUUGUGUACAGCCACUCGCGUGCACGCGCCUGCUUAGUGUGCGCGUGCCAUGGCUCUUUAAGUACCGCGGACAGCGCAUCACUUGCCUCCAUGAAGUGGAGCGCCUCAUUUAAGGUACAGCGUCUUUUUUUCUAAACUUUCAAACCCCCAUUGCUACUUUUCCCCAAUGGGUUUCGCUUGGAUUUUAGUUGUUUGGAUCUACCCGUCUUUCCCGAUGCAGCAAUAGAGAAGCCCUCCGAGAACAGAGAAGCAGACUUCUCCAGCUGGAGGUGGAGAGAUGCCCGGGGCAGAAUGUGCUCCAGCCGCAAGAUCCUGUGGAGCCUUCUCCUUCUGUCCGUGGUGGAGGUGGGCCUGGGCGUGGCGAGCAUCGUGCUGGGAGCCGUUCGCAUCAGCUGGAUACGAGGGGAGCACAAUCCACAACAGGGCGACGCUUCGCCGGUGUGGAGCGGACUUUGUUUUCUGCUUUGUGGGAUAUGUGGAGUGUUGUGUGCUCGAAAGAGGACCGGCCUUACUAUGAUUUUAUUCUCAGCAUGUUGCAUCUGUGGUCUGAUUGCCGGCAUCCUCAACUUCCAGUUUGUCCGGGCGCUGAGUAAACGACCAGAUUCCAUGCAAUCCAUCCACCUGGCUGCCAUGACUCUGGCCUGUCUGGGCAUCUCCUCAUGUACAUUAUCCACAUGGCUGACAUGUCGUCUCGCAAGCUCUGAGCAACAAAGGAUGUUCCUGGAGAGAGAACACUCCCUGCAUCAUUCACACGAGCUGACCGAGAAGGACGUCCUGGACAACUCCAGUAAUGGCGUCCCUCAAAUCUCCUACAAUGGACACACAAGUGCGUCACCAUGACGACGUGAACUGGAACUUUAAUCUCUCGCUGUCAAAAGCUAAAUAAAAGCAUGGGUGCACUUGAGGCUACAAAUGCUUAGACAUAUACUCUAACUUUAGCAGGAGGCGGACUCUGUGUGCAGCCAGUGAAGUGAGAUUUUUUUUUUUUUGAAACCUCCUCAGAUCAAACCAAAGAGGAUGCGACAUCAUCAAUCCUUUACAUUAACAAAGAGAAUAGAUGGAUUCUAGUGCCUCAAAAUGACAAGCACAAGUGGACCUCACUUUACUGUAUGUGUCUUUAUGGACUCAUGGAACGCAAAGAGUGUGAUAGCCUCCUGUAAAUGUUUGCAUUUGUUUGUAUUGUCAUGAGAUAUUAGUAUGCUUUUAAAGGACAAUUCAGUGAUGCACAAUAUAUCGCGUGUAUACGCACGUUGGUCAUAACAUUAGGUACACGGCAAAAUCUGAUGGGAGCUUCAAGACAAAAUAUUCGCUAUAACUUGUAUUGGUUCGCAUUAGGUAAAGUGCAGGUGUACCCACUGAAAUGGCUGGUGAGUCUAU